AUGCGAAUAUAUCGGUUUUCAAUUAUACUUGCCACGGGCUCUAGUGUCUUUCCAAUAGUGGGUGCUGUUUUGGGUACCUCUUGCGUUGGUCUUGCCGGAGUCAUGAAGAAAGUUCCUGGUCUUUUCGUGGAACACUCCCAGAAGAUCGUGUGUGACGCUGGCUGUGAGCCGAAAUUGGACCUCUGGGACAAAUUCACAAAGCCAGAGGUUAUUGAACCUCUAGUUGCUGAUGGGGCUGCCUACUGCGGAGUUCCAGAGGCCAAGGACGCGGCUGUUGCGGCAUUUGAUAAGUUCUUUCAAGCAAUUAAGACCGCUUGUGGGGACAAACUAGGAGCUAGCCAUCUGUGUGACCACCCCGAGCAAUUGCAACCUUUCAUGGACUGCGUUCAGGGAAACGCAUUCUCGACCGCGAUCACUUCUCUAUCCACUCUGAUUCCAUACAUGUCCGAGGGCAUGUGUAACAGUAUGAAAGAGUAUCUCAUGAGCAAUCAGCUAUGGGACCAAGAUUUCCCAAAACAUGGCAGCAAAUAUGUCCACCAAUGCCAUGAGUUAUGA